UACUAACCUGAAAAAAUGGUGUCUCAAAGAUUGUCCUUCACCCUACUGUUUCUCUUGGCAACCUUAAUCACAGUUGCUAAGGGAAACACCAACAGAAAGCUAGUGUCAUUUUACAAUUAUUCUCCUCCUCCAUCCCCGGUCUAUCGUCAUCCUGUAGCUCCUCCUACUCCGGUCUAUCGACCUCCGGUUGCUCUUCCUCCUCCUAAACCUCCCGUUGCACCCUACUACUACAAGAGAUCUCCACCGCCUCCACGCCCUAGAUAUGGAAGAGUGAAUCCACCACCUCCUCCCGGCAAACCAUGGUGGUGGUUCUUGUAGCGCUAAGAAGCCAUGCAAGCGACUCAAAAGUCAGGAGAAGUCAUUAACUGCCUACUUUUUUGUAAAUGUAUACAUUUACUGAUGAGUUUGCCUGAAAACAUUGAAAGUGCAUUUGUGUUGUCUUAACUUUGUUUAGUUUUGACUGUCUCUCAGUUUACCGGAAUUUAUUCUUCUUCUUUAUUCGCUUUUUCGCGGGUUGUAGUGCGACUGAUUUGCUUAUACUUUAUUUAUUUAUUGUAUUGAUUCGUUUUACAAAUUCUUUAAAAAUAAUUUAUUACA